AUGGUAGCAGCUGCCAAUAACUUUGGCCAAUUCAAUCUUCUCACUUCGUUGAACAUUCUGCGCCAUCGCCAUUGACUGGUUGUUGCCUACCGAUAUUUCCCAAAUGAUGAAGAAGAAGAACAUAUUCAUUUCUCAUUUCUCUUAAUAAGUCUUAUUCCCCCAUUAACUCCAUUUUUCUCUCUGAGAAAACUAAAGAAACAUGUUUUCUACUCCAGACAGCGAUAAUUCAACUGGAAAAUCUGAGGUACAAUACGAACCACUGUGCCGUUGGUUUUCGCUUGCUGAAAUAGAAUCGGCGACUAACAAUUUCGAUGACAACUCCGUCAUCGGAACCGGAGGAUUCGGCAAGGUAUAUAAAGGGUUCAUCGACGGUGGUGCCACGACUGUUGCCGUAAAGCGGUUGAAUUCGGAGUCCAAGCAAGGGGCGGUAGAGUUCUGGAUGGAGGUGAGGAUGCUUUCCGAGCUUCGACACGCUCAUCUUGUCGCUCUUUUCGGGUACUGCAACGAAGGAGAAGAAAUGAUCCUUGUUUACGAAUACAUAGCCAACGGAACCCUUGCUCAUCAUCUGUACAAAAGUGGUGGAAGAGGAGCCGAUGGAAAUUAUGGAUAUAGUCUUACGUGGGAGCAAAGGCUAAAUAUUUGCAUCGGUGCUGCACGCGGGUUAGACUACCUUCAUACAGGUACCGAGCAAAGUUUCAUACACCGAGAUGUGAAAACCACAAAUGUUUUGUUAGACGAGAGAUGGGUAGCAAAGAUUUCGGAUUUUGGGUUGUCAAAGGACACUGCAAGCCAAUCACAAACUCAUGUCAGCACAGCCGUGAAAGGAACGUUUGGAUAUUUGGAUCCGGAUUACUUCUUGACUCAAAGGCUAACCAAAAAGUCCGAUGUGUAUGCCUUUGGAGUGGUGAUGUUAGAAGUUCUGUGCGGGAGGCCGGCCGUGGAUACAAGACUCGAGGAAGAGCAAAUCAGUCUAGUCUUUUGGGUUAAGCAAUGCAUCCAAGAGGGUAGUCUUCAUCAUAUCAUUGAUCCCUCUUUGAGGGGCCAAAUAUCGCCUGAUUCUCUGAAGUACUUUGUGGAAGUAGCAAGCAACUGUUUACGUGAUCGCCCCCCGCAACGGCCAACAAUGGCUGAAGUGGCGACAAGCCUCGAGUAUGCAUUGGCUUUGCAGCGAAGGGGAAUUGUAACAGAAAUUAAUGAUCAUCGUCUUGGCCCAACCAAAAAGAAACGCCAUGGUUUCUCUGUAAAAAAUUUGAUCGAGAGCAUUCAGAACGCAUUGCCAAACACUAUUGAGUUCCGCGUUGGGUUACCUCAGGCCAAUGCUAGUUCUUGCAAUGCUGCAAUGUCUGGUAAUGGUGAGUUCCCAGCCAGAGGGAAUCAUGCACCAGACCAUAGAAAUACUUAGUUCCAAAAAAAAAAAAAAUAUUGCUGACGUUGAAUGGUUUGCCUAAAAUAUUUUUGUAUCGUGGGGUUACGUACAUUGAAAGUUGUAAGACAGUGUGGCGAUCAAUUUUUUCUUUUUGUGUUCUUACCAAUUCAUUUCAA